AUGGGGAGGAGGAAGUUUUAUCAGCUGGUAUCCGGCCCCGAGCACACAGCAAUCGCGGGUGGCGUCGACUGGUUGGAUAUAGCCCACGACGCUGUACGUGCAGCUGAUUUCUGCGCGGCUGUAUUCGACCGAACCCGAGAUCCUCUAUCGCCGAGCUUCCGUGCCUCCGCGCUCACCGUAUUUACCAGUACACGUCGGCGCCUGCAGUUGUUGGAGCCCUUGUGUGGCUUUGGAGAUAGCAAGGAUGACCCUCUCAUCGUACAAGUUCCCAAGAUUUGGUUCCAGUUGGUGGAUGGCGGUACGCACGCUGCAUUUGCUGGUACUAGUGUGCAGUCACUCCCUCUCGCUGAAGAGAGCAGCGUUGAUAUGCUAUGGCAUGCGGUGUUCCAGAAGGUUUUCCGCGCUCUACUGAACCACGUGCGUGAAGGCAAAAACCUUCGCGUGUACGACGACGUCGAAGCAUACAAGGCGAAUCGGCCGGUUGAAGAGGAUGAAAUGUCGGCUGCGUUGAAUCAGCGAGGGAGGGCUCCAGACAACCUGCUCUGUGUAGUUGUACCACCGUCAACUAAUCUUCAAGACGUGCAACUCGUUGUCAGUGGUGGUCAUGGCACCGUCAUUGAGUUUCCGGAGGGUACUCACAUUUUGGGGAGCCCACCGUUCGGGUCCAAGAUCUUCAUCCGCCAGUGUUACCCGGAGUUGCUGAAAAUGUGCAUGUCGACAGUUGAUGAUGAGACGAAGAACCUACCGCACGUUGUGAUUCAUGCCAAUUGGGGGAUAGGCAAAACCUUUUUCGGCUUUGUUUUACUGGUGUAUCUUGCCCAGAAUGGCGCGGCCGUUGUUUACGAAGACGUAUUGAUUGGUGGUCGCGUUCUAUUCACCGCGGAUCUGGUCGUCCGAGGUUCGUCUCGUGAUUUUGAUAGCAUUUUGCGAAGACCUUCAACGUACUACAUCGUGGAUGACGUUCGCCCGCGCUACUACGCGUGCGAGACAACUCUGUUGACGGGACUGAGACGGUCAGUCUUGUGUGAAGUUUUGUACAUGCCAGUAUGGUCGAAGGAGCAACUUCUGGCCUGCCAUGCGUUAAUGCAUACCGACACAGUUCCAGUCGAGAGAUUGGAAGAGCGCUAUUUGAGAUGGGGUGGCAUUCCACGGAAUGUUUUCAAGUUGGCUCUUUCUAAAUCGAUUCUCGAAGUCACAAUUAAUACUACUCAUGGACUUGAAUCAUUGCUUCACUAUCACGUCGAUGAACGGUUCCGUAACGUUUUCGUGGAUUUCGCAUCCCAAUACGUUCGGAACGAGGUCUACAAGCGCCUUCUGGAGCUGAACGAUGGAAACCUGCUGGUAGUCAUUGCAGAGUCGCGUGGUGUUGGUGCCAUCGCAUCGUUGCGCGGCUUGCUUAAUGAGGGUCAGGAGCAAACGUUUCGCGAGCUAGUGGCGGAAAUCUAG